ACACGUGAGUCCAUUUCUCUCUAGACCCCGUAGCCUUGCCGACUCGAGGGCGAGGAGGGCUGAAAUAUAUAAUCGUCGGAGACAGAAACAGCAGCAAAAGAAAGACAAAAACCAAAAGGAUUCUGAACAAAGUGAAUGAAUAUGGAGAAAACGGUACGGAAAGAAGCAAUGGAAAGCAUUACACAGAGGCUCUCGGCAAUGGAAAAUCUCUACUUCCCUCGUGCUCUUCAAUCCACCGCCACUGAUCCCUCCAACCGCAAGUCUCUCCUCCUCGACCUCCUCGACCGUGACGCCGCUGUUUUUCUAGAGCGAUAUGGAACGCAAUUGACUUGUGAAGAGCUUGGGGAAUUUGAUAUGUUAAACAAUGACUAUGAGAUAAAUUGGCAUCUCAAGAAUCUAAGAAGCAAAGCUAGUCCAACUUCUGAGGAGUUGAGGUCAAGGUCAGUGAAGGUUAAAAACAGGAGACUGGCUUACUUGAAUAAAUUGAUUCAUGAUGGGAAUUACUUCUCUGAGGAUGCAAUGAGGGAAAGAGAGCCAUAUUUGCAUCAUGAGUUUGUUGGGAAGUUUCAGGAUCAGAGUGCUAGGCGUAUGGCUAGGCCAGGAGAGCGGUGGUCAGAGACGUUGAUGAGGCGGUCUGAGGAAGCUAUUUUGGUUUCUAAGAUUAGAGCAGAGCAGCAGAGGUUGGGUGUGGCUGAGAGGGAUUGGAUUGGUAAUGAAACAAACCAACAAGAAGAGGAGGAGGAGGAAGAAGAAGAAGAAGAAGAAGAGGAAGAAGAGGAUGAGGAGAAUGAAGAAGCAAAGAAGGCUCCUAAUAGUGCACUAUCCUCUGAGAUGUUGGAGGAUAGCAAUGAUGCCCAAUCGAGCAGGGAGCUACAGAAUGAGGGAGCAACUUUGUCACUAGAAGAGAAAGAAGAUAUGAUGAAUCAAUUUACAUAUAUUAUGCACCAAAAGUUUCUUACUGGGGAAGACGAUCAACACUUGGAUUACUCAAAAAUAGACGAAGAUGAGACCUUGGAUGAUCACUGGCUUAGAGAAGCCAGCCAUGACGCUGAAGAUAAGUAUUUUGCCGAAGAUGAGGAUGAUUAUGAUGAUCAGGUACAGCUGCAUUGACUGUCUGCGACCCUUUCAUAACAUGUAGACUUUGUAUGUAGAAUUUCGCUUUUGUAGUUUGUACUUUGUACUUUGUAUGUAUGCACCCAUCCAUCUUUCCUUCUGAAGUAAAUGAUCUGAAUCAUGUUUUUAAUU